GAAUAAUUAAUGAGUUUUCAAGAGAUCUCAUAACAAAUUGAAGACAUGACGAAUUUCCUUGUAUAUUAUCAUCUUUACUUUAUAGCUAGAAUAGACUGAUGAUAGUUUAAUCAAUGCUUCACCUACUAAUAGGGAACAAAUUAAUCUUAUUAUUCAUGAUUACAAAGUUAAAUAGAGAAUAAGUGCUAUGUUAAAAUAAAAAGUAAAUUUAAAUAAUCCUAAACAUAGAGCAGACUAUAUCCACAUUAAUAUUUAACUGUAGAAUUAUCAAGCGAAGACAAUUAUGAAAUUGAACUCGAUUAAGAUGAUAUUAAAUAAGUAACGAGAAUUUUAUGUUCAAAACUAAGGUUUGUGAAAAUUUUGGAGAAGUUAAAUAAGUCUAUACAAAAGUAAAUGGUGCUAUCAUUAUUAAAUUCAAUUCAGUUUUUGAUGCUUUCAUUGUUUAUAAACUUUUAAAUAAACAUUAAAUCAAAGAAUUAGAUGUCACUAUAAAAAUAGAAUUCACUAGUCAAUAAGAUCUUUUAGAGAUAAUGGAAUUUUAAGAUUCAAAUCAACAAAAAUUUACUUGUAGAUAUGAUGUUUAAAUUGAUAAUGAUAAAGAUUUUCAAGUAGCUCGUAAAAUUAUUGGUAUUUAAAUGAAAUAUACUUCUUAGGAGCGAAAGGAUGUAACAUGAAAAAAAUAAUAGAUUAAUGUCUAUUUGAUUGUGAUACAAAAGAAUAAGAUUUAGUAAAAUUAAGAUUAAGAGGAAGAGGGUCCGGUUAUAAAGAAGGACCUGAAAAAAGGGAAUCUUAAGAACCUUUACAUUUAUGUGUAUCUUCAAAACAUAAUCAUCUCUUUCUUAGAGUAAUAAUAAUAUUUACAAAAAAGGCUUGUCAAUUAGUUGAAUAAUUAUUGAUAAAAAUUUAUGAUGAAUAUAGAUUGUAUGGAUUAAGUAAAGGAAAGAAAUUAAUAAAUUAUAAUAUAAAGAAGGUACAAUAACCUUAAAAGUCGGUAAUAAAACCAAAUUUUAUGCCAGAAUUACCAAAUUUUAAUUUUUCAAAUGUAUUUAUUAUAUUUUUUAAUAAUAGAAUCAAUUCAUUGAUUUUAAUAAUGAAAACAUGAUGGGUUAUUCAAAUUUAGUUAAUUAAUUAAUGUGA